AGCACAGAACUUCAAUAUAUACCCCACAAUUCCACGCGCCCUCGCCGUUCGCAUCCUCAGUUUCUUCCGUGAUUCCCAGCUUCAACGUUAUCGGAAAAUGGACCUCGAGGUUGCUGCCAAGGCUGCCGUUGGUGCACCCGAUGUUAUCGGAGACUGCCCUUUCACCCAGAGGGUUCUCUUAACUUUGGAGGAGAAGAAAAUUCCUUACAAACUGCAUCUAAUCAAUCUCUCCGACAAACCCAGUUGGUUCUUGGAAGUGAGCCCAGAAGGGAAAGUUCCGGUGGUGAAGUUCGAUGACAAAUGGGUUCCUGACUCCGAUGUAAUUGUGGGGAUUCUUGAGGAGAAGUAUCCAGAGCCUUCUCUCGUUACUCCUCCUGAAUUUUCUUCUGUGGGAUCAAAGAUAAACGGUGCUUUUGUAAAAUUCUUGAUGAGCAAAGACUCGAAUGAUGGUUCGGAGCAGGCAUUGCUUGAAGAGUUGAAGGCGUUGGACGAGCAUCUUAAGGCUCAUGGUCCUUAUGUUGCUGGAGAGAAGGUAACUGCUGCUGAUUUGAGUCUGGCACCAAAGUUGUACCAAAUUGAUGUUGCUCUUGGCCACUUCAAGAAGUGGACUUUCCCUGAAAACUUAGCCAGUUUGUCUGCCUACAAAAAGUUGCUUUUCGCACGAGAAUCCUUCGUGAAGACGAAGGCUGCCCCGGAACAUGUAAUUGCUGGGUGGGCGCUGAAGGUGAAUGCUGCUUGAACUGAAGCAGGAGAUGUUUUGAUCCCAAGUUAUGAAAAUACUGGGGGCUUACAAAUCCUAAGCAUGGGAAUUUGGUUGCUAUUUUCCUAUGCCUAAAUAAAACACUGUAUUAUCACUAUGCCUCAAUAAAAGAGUUCCUAUUCUUAGGAAAUGCCCACAUCUGCUCUGKUUUCGUUUCUCACCAUUUUGGAAGAGCUUUGGUUUUAUGAAGUUAAACAAGUYUAGGAGGUUUCUUAGCA